UUUUUUUUUUUAAGAGGAGAGAAGGCAGUGAUGGAAGAGCUCACCGCUUUCGUGUCUAAGUCUUUCGAUCAGAAAGUAAAGGAGAAGAAGGAAGUGAUAACCUACAGGGAGGUGUUGGAGACCGGGUCGACGCGCGCAGGGAGCAGGGAGUCUUUAACCGUGGAGCCGGGGAGUCGAGAGGAGGCAGCAGUCGUCACCCGGAACGUUGCGCUUUCGCCGGGCAGGGAAACGGACAUGCUCGGCCCGGAGAGAAUCAGGGACGCGGGGAGCCCCAAACUCAUAGACGGCAACACGGACGUGAAGGAAAGGAAAGAGGACUCGAAGCCUUUAGAGGACGAGUCACAGACUAAAAUCAAACAGAGGAGAAGGACUAACUUCACAUUAGAGCAGCUCAACGAGCUAGAGCGGCUCUUCGACGAGACCCACUACCCGGACGCCUUCAUGCGGGAGGAGCUUAGCCAGCGACUGGGACUGUCGGAGGCCCGAGUACAGGUUUGGUUCCAGAAUAGAAGAGCCAAAUGCAGAAAGCAGGAGAACCAGUUACAUAAAGGAGUCCUGAUUGGAGCAGCGAAUCAGUUUGAAGCUUGUCGUGUAGCGCCAUAUGUCAACGUGGGGGCUUUACGGAUGCCAUUCCAACAGGAUAGUCAUUGCAACGUGCCGCCCUUCUCCUUUCAGGUGCAGGCGCAACUGCAGCUGGACAGCGCCGUGGCCCACGCCCAGCACCACCUGCACUCUCACCUGGCAGCGCACGCGCCCUACAUGAUGUUCCCCGCGCCGCCAUUCGGGCUGCCUCUGGCGACGCUCGCGGCCGAGUCCGCCUCCGCCGCCUCCGUCGUUGCCGCCGCCGCCGCCGCCAAGAACACCAGCAAGAACUCCAGCAUCGCCGACCUGAGACUGAAGGCCAAAAAGCACACGGCCGCGCUGGGACUGUGACGCCAGGGAGCUGGGGCGCACGCGCUAUCUGCCACGUCCUCGCGACUGAGAGACACUGAACAUGAAAGUGAAAAGGACAAUGUGAUGAAAAAAUUAUCAAAGGACGAUAUUUAUGUUUUCUUUUUGAAAUGAAGGACGACGAGUAUAACUAUAACAAUAUAGGCUAUUUAUGAGACAAAGAAAAGACAAUGAAAAAAGAGACUGUGACAAGAUAGCCU